CUCGAUUCCGACCAGCGCAAACUCCAAGCUCGGCGUCGCCUGCGGAUUGAGGCAGCGGAACCCGAUUUUUUGGGGCCCAGCAGCAACCGGGAGAUUUUCAUCUCCUCGUCCGUUUAUUUUCGCACCCUUGACCGAAUCCCGACCCGGCUUUUUUCCCCCAUCAUGCCUCGAGGCGGCGGGCGGAGAGGCGAAGCUUCAGCUGAGCCGGAAGCUCUCCACGAGUUCGGAGUUCGAGGCCGGAAAACCGGCGCUUUCUUGAAGGACACGGGCGAGCGCGAUGAGCAUGGCAUGCAGCCUCUGGAUGCCAUUUUCUCAUCGCCAGCAGUCACUCGCAGGGAUGAAUCCGGGAGCGAGGACAUGGACAUAUCGUCAAGUGCUGGACCAGGGCCAAGAACAGUCCUCAAGAACCGGCGGAGCAUCGACGAACCCCGACUUACCAGUGACAGGAAUGCAAACGAUCGAUCAUCCUCUCCCACGCGCAAUCCCAGCGCCGAAAAGGCAGCUCGGAGGCUUAAUUUUGCCGGCAAAGCAGGAAACAAGGCAGCUAAGACGAAUGGGAAACACAAGGCGACAGGGCUAAACGGCCUUUCACGGCACAGGGACGACUCGGAAUCGGAGGAGCUAGACGACGUCAUGGGUGCGAGCGGAAACGGGGUGACAAUUGACGGCCCGGCUGAAGAAUCCAUGCUGAUGGUCGAUUCGAUGCAAAACGAUCCGCCGAGGCCCGAGCCAAAAGCUGCGCAGGAACAGGAUGACGACUCAUCAUCGCAGAAGAAGCGCGGAAGACGGCCAACCAAGGCCGCUCCGCAGGCAAAACCCAAAGCAGCUCCCCGGGCUCCCCCUGAAGAAGAGGAAUUGGAACAGGAGGAUGAAGAGGAGGAUGAAGAGGAGGAUGAGUUGCCAAUUGUAAAGCAAAAGGGGCGGUCAAAACAAGAUCAGAAGCGCCGCGAUGCAGCGCCGUCAUCAUCCCAGCCGUCAAAGAAGCGAGGACCACCGCGAAAGUCUACCCGUGAAGAUACCCCAGAAGAAGCACAAGAACAGUCUGAAGAAGAGCAGCAGGAGGAGGAGGAUGAAGAGGAAGAGGAUGUUGCGCCACGGAAGAAGCAGAGAACUGCUGGACCUUCAAAAGCCGCUAAGCCCAAAGCCAAGGCCGAACCUCAGCCCAAGACAAAAGGCCGACCUGGGAGAAAGCCUAAGAACGCAGAUUCCGAGGACGGAGAUGUGGGAGAGACAUCGUUUGCGGCUCUACAACGUGGCCCACCCAUGCCAAAGUCUCGCGGUUUGGUAUCUAUGCGCAAAGACUUGGACGAUAGGAUAACGCAGACAAGAUCCGGACGACACUCUUACCGACCUGUUGAGUAUUGGAGAGGCGAGCAGGUGGUCCGGGAGGAUGAAGAGCAGGCUGAUAUGUUUGCCAAGGAUCGAUUCGUCAUGCCGAGCAUCAAAGAAGUCGUCCGUGUACCCGUGGAGGAAGCACCCAGUAGAGCUGCAUCAUCACGAGGCAAAGCGCGACCCAAAACGAAGAAACCCGUGGUGGAGGAAGACUAUGAAGCAUGGGAGCUCAACCCAGGUACCGUCGAGGGCGAAAUCGUGAUAUGGGAGACGGAGCAUGAAGAACAUCCCCCGGCAGAUGAUGAGCCUGUCCAGGUAACAGACGAGCGAAUCGCCCUAUCGGCCAAGGCAGUGCAGACAUCGGAGAUUCGUGAUGCCACGUUCCGGUUCGCAAAGACGCUGACGAUGCCGUUUAUGGGUGCUGGAGUGGUUGAUCUGCCCCCCGGCGGCGAGAAACGGCCCAAGAACUCGCGGAAGAUGCACAUGGUCUUUUUCGUGCACACAGGAAAAGUCAUGGUGACAAUCAACGAGGCGCAGUUUCGCAUAUCAGCGGGUGGUAUGUGGUUUGUGCCGAGAGGCAACUAUUACAGCAUCACAAACGACUACGAUAAUCCCAGUCGAGUCUUCUUCUGUCAGGCGUGCGAGAUAUCUCCUGCGCAGUAUGAAGCCUCGCAGAUGAGCAUCGCAGCAUGAUGAGAAAAUGAAGAAGAAAAAAACGAGCUACCUAUCAGAAAAGCGCUCCAUUGCUGCGAAUUACCGAUUUACAUGGCCAUCACGAUUCAUCAUACCCUCAACACGAUUUGAGCACUCCCCCUUCUUUUCUUCAUUCACAGCGUAUUUCUCGCAUUCACUUUUUUGCUGGCGCCGCACCUAUUCUUCUUUUCCUCUUGUUCUCUCAUUGAUUGACGAAGCUUGCACAAAAUGGGAGGGAAAGAAAGAGAAAUGUCAAUGUUCAUUUUGUUCAUCUUUCAUCUGCAGAAGGCGUAAGGCGGGCUGAUUGUUCGGAUGGAUGGGCAGGGAGGGAGUAUUUGUGGAUUUUUCUUGUUUCUUGUUUCUUUUGAUUUGUUUUACAAAGCUUUGAGGCGUGAAAUGAGAUGCAUUUGAUUCCCUCUCUCC